AUGAAUCAGUCACACUGUAGCUCCGUCCCCACCUAUGACCUCAUGAGGCUUUGGGGCAUAUUUGGAAUUUUGUUGAUCUUUGUGGACUUGUCUCUCGUCAUUACAGAACUAUUUGUCACUGAAGUCAGAGACUAUUUUUUUUUGGAAUGUCACUCAAUUUCUUUAGCUAUUGGUUUAUUUUUUCUCAUGGAUGUUCUUCUUCAAGUGUAUAUACAAGGGAAACAGCAUUAUUUUUCAAAUGUACUUAAUGUCUUGAAUGCAGUCCUUACUGGGGUCAUUCUGCUGGUGGACAUCAUUUGCUUUUUUCAUGACAUGAUGUUUGUUAGUCUUUUCCCCAGGUUGACAAUUUUAUUUCAAGUUCUGCGAUUUGUCAUUGUGAUGAGACUUUUUUUUCUGGCUUAUCAAAAAAGACAUCUUGAAAAGCUGACUAGAUGGCUGGUUUCAGAAAACAAAAGGCGAUACCAAAAGGAUGGAUUUGACCUGGACCUCACUUACAUUACUGAUAGGAUCAUUGCCAUGUCAUUUCCAUCUUCUGGGAGGCGCACUUUGUAUCGGAAUCCAAUUAAGGAAGUCGCGCGGUUCCUAGAUACCAAGCAUCCAGAUCAUUAUCAAGUCUAUAAUCUGUGCAGUGAAAGAGCUUAUGAUCCUAAGUACUUUCAUUAUAGGGUCCAUCGAAUCAAAAUUGAUGAUCACAAUGUCCCUACUCUGAAGGAGAUGUUGUUGUUCUCCAAGGAAGUAGAUGAAUGGAUGGCUCAAGAUAAGGACAAUGUUGUUGCAAUUCACUGUAAGGGAGGAAAAGGGAGAACUGGAACUAUGGUUUGUGUCUGCCUCAUUGCCAGUGGAUUAUUUUUAACUGCAGAGGAGAGUAUUCAGCAUUUUGGGGAACGACGAACAGAUAAAGCCAGCGGCACUAAAUUUCAAGGAAUAGAAACUCCUUCUCAGGGUAGAUAUGUUGGAUAUUUUGAAAAGAUGAUGACAUUAUACAACUGGAAUCUCCCUCCAAGAAAAAUACUCACAAUAAAAAAAAUCAUUAUUUAUUCGAUUCAUGGUGUUGGUAAAGGCAACGGGAGUGAUCUGGAGGUGAAGAUAGUAACGCAGCAAGGGACUGUCUUUUCCUGUUCUUCCACAAACUAUAGGGUAUUUCAUGACAUUGAAGCAGACAGAGUAAUAAUUAAUAUAUUCAAUUGUCCAACUCUGUAUGAUGAUGUGAAAGUGAAAUUUUUAUCUCCGAAGCUUCCCAAGCACUAUGACAACUGCCCUUUCUUCUUCUGGUUUCACACAUCUUUGAUAGAAAAAAACAGGCUUUAUCUACCAAGAAAUCAACUGGACAAUCUCCAUAAACAAAGAGCAUGGAAAAUUUACGGUCCAAAAUUUGCAGUUGAGGUGUAUUUUGAUGAGAAUGAACCAGUCCUGCUGUAGCUCGGAUCUAAUUAAAGUGCACCUUCCCUCUCCAGAGUGUCUUUUGCAAUCUCUGCUACAUAACGUCUUCUGACUCUGUCUUUGGUGGCAUAGCUAUAUUUGUAUGUAAAAUAUGUGUAAUCUGUUUCUGAUAAAUGGUUAAAUAUAUACAAAAGUGUAUGUCUUGUACUUUGAUAAGUUUGGAAGACACAGCACACAGGAAAAUUAGGUAUCAUUUUGAGAGCUUAGAAAUAACAGACCUUUUGUAUCAAAAUGACUGAGCUAUUUUAACACUGUAGUCCCUGGCAUCCUCCUGUUAUUCUAGCUGCUCAGAAUGCAGAGUCGGAAGAUGAGAGUUUGAGGUCAGUCUGUGCCACCAAAUAAAGUGAUCCC